GGGGCGCCUUGUGCAACGGCUCCCCCCUCUGCCAGGCAGCCACAGCCCCGCCCUGCUUCGCCCCGGCCGACGUGGCACGAGGAAACCCCCCCCCAAACCCCCACACCUCGCAGGCUGCGACUGGACGCCCAGAGCCGCUGGGGGACAGGGGAUGGGGCCUCUCCCCACCAGCCAGAACCGGCCCGGCCCAGACAGCGCAUGGAUGGGUCUAUUCCUGGCAGCCUCCCUCCUGAGCUCCUGCCUCCAGCCAGCACAAGCCUGGGACGGACUCACCAUCAGGCAGGAGCCGGCGGCCCUCGACGUGGGAGGGGAUGUGACCCUGGUCGUGCUGGGCAUCCCCCAGACCCUCCUGGUCUGCAGCUGGUACCGGGGGGCAGAAGCCGGCAUCGCCGCACACUGGAUCCUGAGCUACGCCCCGUCUGCCACCCCCCAGAAGUCCUAUGGCCCGGCCCACACGGGGCGGGAGACGGUGGGGCCUGGCUGCUCCCUGCACAUCACGGGGCUCAGGGAGAGCGACGUCGGCAGCUACACCCUGACUGUACAGGGGUCCGGGUACAAACAGACCAUCUCCAUGAGUGUCUCCUUCUCCGUCCAACUGUUCCCCAGGUUCCUGGCUCUCGUGGUGGGCGUGCCAUUGUCAGUUCUCAUGUGUGUGGCCCUGCUGGUGACUUUUAUCGUGUGUAAGAGACGUCGCAGCUCAGGUGCCAGCAUCCUGAUCGAACCCCCCGGGGAGAGAACAGGGCUCGUUCCAAAGUAGAAGAACCUGCCCCUUGGGCAGGGCCAGCUCUGAGUGCCAGGAACUCAGCCUGCCUGAGCUCCGCUGGUGCCCCUCACUCCCGACCUGCAGCUGUUUCGGAGAGGUGGAAAAAGCCACUUUUCACAAACAAUAAAUGUCCAGUGCAAAUCUC